AUGAGGAUUGUUCGCAGAGACCUUGUUCCUAAUGGACCUGGUAGUGUUAAGAUGGUGGCUGUGGAUUCCGAUGAUCUGUGGUUUGCUUAUAACUUGAUAUCUCCCGGAGACUCUGUCAUGGCCGUUACUGUUAGGAAGGUUCUUAGAGAAGCCGCUAAUGGCGGGCGAGAUGCAGAACGCGUUAAGCUUAAAUUGGAAAUUAAAGUCGAAGAGGUUGCUGAUUAUGACAAAGAAGGUUCUAUUUUGCGUAUUCGUGGAAAGAACAUUUUAGAGAAUGAACAUGUCAAGAUAGGAGCUUUCCAUACUCUAGAACUUGAACUGCAGCGACCGUUUGUGCUCAGAAAGGAUGUUUGGGAUUCUUUGGCUUUGGAAGUACUACAGCAGGCCUCUGAUCCUGGUGCAAGUGCUGAUCUAGCCGUGGUGUUGAUGCAAGAAGGAUUAGCUCAUAUCCUCCUUGUUGGUAAAAGUAUGACUGUUACUCGUUCGCGGAUAGAAACAUCAAUUCCUCGCAAGCAUGGUCCUGCUAUAGCUGGUUAUGAGAAAGCUUUGGAUAAGUUCUUCGAGAAUGUUUUGCAGGCUUUCUUGAAACAUAUAGAUUUCAAUGUGGUUCGUUGUGCUGUAAUUGCAAGUCCAGGGUUUACAAAAGAUCAGUUUCAUCGUCAUUUAUUUUUGGAGGCAGAACGGAGACAGUUGCGAUCUAUUAUUGAAAAUAAGUCACGCAUCAUUCUUGUGCAUACAACUUCAGGAUACAAGCAUAGUUUAAGGGAGGUUUUGGAUGCUCCAAAUGUCAUGAAUUUGAUAAAAGAUACCAAAGCAGCACAAGAGGUUCGAGUUAUGAAGGAUUUCUACAACAUGCUUUCAAAUGAUCCAUCACGUGCUUGUUAUGGAAUGAAACAUGUUGAGGUUGCCCAUGAACGCCUAGCUGUACAAACUCUUCUCAUUACAGAUGAUCUUUUCAGUUCUUUCAAGAUGCUCUUUAACUUGGCCGCUAGGGACGUUACUCCAGCAGUUAGAGAAGAGCUAACCAACCAACAUAAUACUAAGAUAGCCUUUUGCAUGUAUCUCCUGAGUGAGCAAAGAAUGCUCAUUACUUAUCUUGAUGAUUGUGAUUGA